AUGACAACAAGUGAUCAAGCAAAACGUAUUUUGGUUACCGGUGGUACAGGUUUAGUAGGUAGUGCUAUAAAACAUGUUAUUGAAAAUGAACCGGAUCGAGAUAAACGCAACGAAGAAUAUUUCUUUAUUUCAUCGAAGGAUUGUGACUUAAGAAAUCGGGAAGAAACCGAAGUCUUAUUUAAAAAACAUCAACCGACUCAUGUCAUCCAUUUAGCUGCACUUGUUGGAGGUCUCUUUAGAAAUCUAAGUCGAAAUCUUGACUUUUUCCGAGAAAAUAUGGAAAUUAAUGACAAUGUCUUAUCAGUUGCUUAUCAAACAGGCGUAAAAAAAGUAAUAUCAUGUCUUUCCACUUGCAUUUUUCCCGACAAAACAACCUAUCCUAUCGAUGAAACAAUGGUCCAUAGCGGUCCACCACAUGAUUCAAACUUUGGCUAUUCAUAUGCUAAACGAAUGAUUGAUGUUCUUAAUCGAGGUUAUUUCGUUCAACAUGGCGUUCAAUAUACAUCCAUCAUUCCGACAAAUGUCUACGGACCAGACGAUAACUUUAAUAUUGAGGAUGGUCAUGUUCUUCCUGGCCUCAUUCAUAAGUGUUAUUUAGCCAAGCAGAACAAUACACCAUUAAUUAUUUGGGGUUCAGGAAAACCGUUACGGCAGUUUAUCUACUCAUAUGAUCUGGCAAAACUCUAUUUAUGGGUAUUAAGAGAAUACGAUAGUAUUGAACCAAUCAUUCUAUCAGUUGGAGAAGAAGACGAAGUUUCGAUCAAACAAGCAGCUGAAGCUGUUGUAAAAGCAAUGAAUUUCACCGGAGAAAUCAAGUAUGAUACAACAAGAGCCGAUGGACAAUUUAAGAAAACGGCAAGCAAUGCAAAACUACGUCGUUAUUUGCCGGACUUUCAGUUUACACCGUUUGAAGAAGCAAUUCAAUAUACCUGUGACUGGUUUGUGAAAAACUAUGAUCGUGCUCGAAAGUGA